AUGGAGCGCGCGGCGGACGCCCCGACGCUCACGACCACGACCUUCGCCCUCUGUGAGUUGGCGUCGUUAGAGUGGCACGUGUACUCCGUCGACAAGGAUAAGGACACCUCCAGCGGCAAGAAGAAGAAACAUGGCAAAAAACUCCCUAGCAACAGUGGUGUUAAACAGGGAGAAGAGGCGGCACUUGCCGUUUUCUCCCAGCGACUGCAACAGCGCAACGCGCUGUGUGUCCUCCAAGACGAUGACGCAAACAAGGAGGAGGACACUGCGUCCCUCUCGCAGCUCUGGGUUUUCAUCGCCAACAACAUGCAGAGCAGCGUGCCGGUGGAGCCUCCGUCGGGGGUUUUAGAGACUCUCAGUGGUUCCUGGUUAGAGAGUGCUAACGAGGCACUGGAUAGCAUUGUGCAACAACAGUUUUUCGCGGCUCUGGCCUCCGUUUUAAGCCGCAAAUUGCUGGCCCAGGAGGAGUUUAACCUCUCCACGGACGGGUUUUACGAGCCCAACGACGCCAAGUUCAUCUUCCGCUGCCCGUCGCUCACUCGUCUCAACCACGUGGAGGUGUAUUUAGAGGAGGAGUUCCCGACGCCGGCCUUCCAGUUGCAUUUCCAAUUGUUCCGCCCCAGCAACUUGCUGGCCGUUGCCGUCGAUGUGGUAAAAAGAGAGAGGGGGUUAAGUGAAAAGUUGCAACAUGGACAAGAGCUGGGAGACCCGAGGUGUUCCUGGGAGCGGCUGGUGGGGCUGCCGUCUCUAACCGACCACUCCAUGGUGGACGUGUGGCAUCUCAAGGACGGACUCGUGCCAAGAAUUAUCGCUGAGACCAAGUAUACGGACGUUGCACCGUGGUUCCGAGCAGUCUCUAAACGGAGACACAAGCGCCGGAUGGACGACGGCGACAGUGGCAACGAGGAUGAAGUGAAAAAGGACGAGAACGACGAGGACGCGGACGAUGAUGAAGAGGACAACAACCAGGAGGCGGAGGUGGAGACGGACGAACUGUUGCGACGGCCUGUUGCCGGGGGAGCGGGAGCCAAGACGAAGAGGAAACGAGACAGCGCCGACUCGACUGAAAACGACGAGUCCUUUGUGCCAGCGUCCCCGGAUACGCACGUGAACACGCCAAGUGCAACAGGGCCGGUGAUUCGCAUGACGCUCCCGCACGACGACGAGCUGCAGCUGCGCGUGGACUCGGACGUUCGCCGCUUCAAGAGAAGGAGAGGCGGGUACAAGGUGAAGGCGGCCAAGGACGCGGCGUUCUCGUUGACGUUUGGGCCGGUGAAGGCCAACGGAACGGGGCCGAAGGCUCUAACUAGCAACGGAGUGAAGGGGGCAACGAUGGACCCUGCCCAGCUCUUCUCCAUGGCGAAGGCGUCGCUCUCAAGUAACUAUGUGCCGACGUUUACAAGGCCGAAGAACGACGUCAAACCGCUCAGUGUGGCCGUGUCGCUUGUGGAGUCUCUCUCUCAUAACGAGCAACAGGAGGCGCUGGACGGGAGACCGGUGAAGACGCACCCGCUGUUGCAGGCGCUUCAAGACUACGUGGACGACGAGGCCAAGAAGAAGAUCGAGGAGAGUCUGACCUCGCACGUGUCGGCCAAGGUCAGGUUCGUGCCGAACGCCGAGGCGUUCAUCCCGUCUUCACUCCGAUCGAACGUGGGUCGGCUGUCAAUAAACCGAGCAACGGCGGAGCAGCUGCAGCUUCGUCUGUGCUCGGAGCGCUUCAAGUAUUGGCAAUCUGACUACACGAAGCUGCAGUAUCCGAAGAACAGCCGGCAGAAGAGGAAAGAGCAGCAGCGUCGGCUACUCCUCGACUUCGACGAAGCGGCCUUUGAAGAGUACGGGCGCCAGGAAUCGUUAAAAUUGUGGAGUGACCCCGACCGCUUCAAGUUGCGAGAUGGCGAGAUCGCUCUGGGGCUCCAAGUGGCCGUGUCGGACGCGAUGGUGACGUGGCGGCAAGAGCCGAAUGGAAUUACGACGUGGUCCGCGCACUCGAGUCUGCAGGCUGAGGUCGCUGCUGCCAGCGCGUCGGAGAAGAGUGAGAUGGUGGACCGCGUGCAGCCUUAUUUACAGAGUCUGACGUCGCUCCUGAAGAAGGAGAACAAGAAUGAAAUUGAAGUUAGAAAGUCCGGGCGUGAUCGACGGUGGAUGAGCUUCGAGCAGUACACUCAAGCCCCGACCAAGUCAAGCGACGCCACGACGAAACGAAUAGAGUGCGUCCGCGUGGAGCAAGAGCCCAAGUUGUGCGUCUCCACGCUGGAGUCCAGCUACCAUGUCGAACCCGCUAUCAUUUCGGAAUAUUUAUUGCGGGACUUUCAUCCGGUGGCGGCUCCCAAGCCCGUGGACUACGUGAUCGUGUGCCCCCAGUCUCCGUCGCAGUGGCUCGCGUCCCUCGCGCUCUCCUACUUCACGUGCUUCCGCAGCAUGUACGCGCAGUGCCACAUGGGCGAUCUGGCCCCAGUCGAUCUGGGUCAGGUGCAAGGGAACCACUACGCAAGUGUGGACUCGUCCAACGGUCUGCUGCUGGUUGACUGCGCUAAGAGCAUGGCCGACCCGUUUGCCAACUUCCGCGCGGCCGGGAAGCUCUUGAACCCGGUGCUAUCCUCCGGUGCCAUCAAGAAGACGCAAGCGUUCUCCCGGUCGGCGGUCGCCAACGUGGUGUACCUGGUCGUCCCGCUGCGCCGCAGCGAUGUCAAGCACAAGAUGUGGGCUCUGGGCGCGUUCUCAAACGGUUUGUUCGGUACGGACUGCAUGGCCGACGUCAGCAGCUGGAAGGACAGCGUGACGAUUGAGAUCGUGUACCUGGACGACCUGUACGAGGUGGAGGUGAACCCAAGCCCGUUCAUGCUGAUGCCCAACUGCUUCGGUCUGUUCGACCGCGUGUGUGAGAACGUCAACCUCAAGCCAGCCGACGCAGCUUCCAGCGGCGCCGGCCGGUCACGGUUCCUGUCUGAGCGUUUGUACCAUCUCGCAGAUUGGAGAUCGGAUGCGCUCACUACAGGCCAGGACGGCGAGACGGAGCCGCCGUACGUGUAUGGCGGAUAUCUACUCUCCGAUGACGGCAAGUGGAUCGCGUGCAGUUGUACUGACGCGGUGGGGUCCGUCCUCGAGACCUACAUGAUCCCCGUUGCAGCGACAGAAGAUGGCGCAGGUCUCGAGAGCGCGUUCAUCGAGAUGAUGCUCAAGAUGCUGCAGUUCUUCGCGCUCUUUGGCGAGAAGAGUGUGCUGGUGAUCACGCGGCUUGCCGGCAUGGCCGGAGCCUCCGUUCUGGGUGAGAAGGAGCAGAAUGCGUGGGAACAGUUGCGGUCUCAACGGUUCGAGGAGCUCAUUCCCCCGGCCUACACUCCGCUGCUAUCGUGCGUGUUGCUCGUCCAGCUCAACGCUGCGUCGUACGAGGAGGUGCAACUACGCGAGACUCCGUCAUCAACGGCCCUCUACGUGUCGGACAACCUCGGGUACGCAGUCGUAUCGCCCCAGGAGAGCGUGGCCGCGCGCGAGAGCAGUCGGGCCGUGUACUUUACGGGCAGCGCAGCGUGGAAGUCCACGACUCUGCUGCACGGCCAGCACACGCUGACUCAGAAGCGAGAGGCCAGAGUGUUUAAGGUGUCGCUCGUGCUGGCGCUACUGGAGGAGGACACGGACUCCAAGGACGGAGAGGUGACGGAGUCGGCGCCGCCCAGCACGAUGACUGCGAUCCUGCGGGACUUCCACGCGCAGUCGUACCUGACCAUGCACCCGAUCACGAUGGAGAGGCAGUCGCCACUGCCGCACCACCUGGCCGCCGUCUCGAAAAUGGGCCGCGAGCUGCAGGUACUGGAGACCCAAUUGACCACGGACCCGCUGCAGAUGCGGUGA